CGGUUUACAGGGGAGUUCCCACAAAAGACUUCUAUAAAAACCCUGCCAGGUCUCCACGAACAACACCCAGCUCUUCCCUUCUCCAGCGCUCCGUUUACCUGUGCAGUGACUCAAUCUCCAGCUAACCAUGUCUCAGCUUGAACUGGCAGCCAAGGCCGUGGCCGAGGUCUUCUACAAGUACGCCGGUCAGGAUGCCAAGAAGAACAAGCUGAAUACCACGGAGCUGAAGGCACUAAUGCAGAAGGAGGUCACCUCCCUGAAGGGUGCGGAUGCUGAUGUCACCAAGAUGCUGAAAUGCCUCGACGACAACAAGGAUGGAGAAAUCGACAUUGUGGAGUUUGGCACCCUGGUUGGCAUCCUUGCCAACGGGUACAGGAAGUGGAGUCGCCCAGAAGUGCCACAUAAAGACCAAACCAGGAAAGGGCCGAGUCAAACAGCCCUUCUGCUCCUGACCCCUUUAUAUUACCUGUGCAGGUUGAAGAGUGUGGCCGCGAUGUCCCAGCUAGAGUCUGCUGUGCAGUCCCUGGUGGACGUGUUCAUCAAAUACACAGAGCAGGAGGGCAGCAAGAACCAGCUGAGCCAGGGGGAGCUGAAGAGACUGAUUGCAACUGAACUGAGCAGCGGGGCGCUGGGGAAGAAGGUCGGCCCCGAAGAGGUGGGGGAGCUGAUGGGGCAGCUGGACAAGAACCAUGAUGGGGAGGUGAACAUCCAGGAGUUCUGCAGGUUCAUCAGCAUCCUCGCCAAUGGAUACUACAAGAGCAAGAAGAAGGGGAGCGCCUAACUCACAGAGACUCAAACAACCACCCGCCCACCCACCUACCGACUCACCCAAACCACCCACCUAACUACCCACUAACUCAUUUAUCCUUGUGCUUCACCUCUGCCAGACCAUAAACCAGCCUCACAGUCUAUGUAACCAGCAUAUUGCCUUGCCUCUUACAGCAUGGGCGAUUUCUGAAGGAAUACAGUUUUCUGUGUUUGUAAAGUUGCUGUAUGAAAUAUAAUGGAAAAUAAAUAAACAUGGUAAAUUCAA